AUGGCUUAUUGUUCUCAUUUCUUCUUAUUAGCAACCAUUGUUGUUUUUGCCUUACUAAGCAUUGCUUCAGCAGAAUACAGGUCCGGCCGUAGCCUGAAGCCGUACCGAUCCGAUGAUCGUCCAUCCUACAAGGCUGGGCGUAGCUUAGAGACUUACGAACCGGAAGAAAAUGCUCCAAGUUACAAGUCUGGUCAUAGCCUACAUUCAUACAAACCCCUUGAAAAAAGUGAUGAUGCUAUAAAUAUUCAAGGAAUGAUCUAUUGUAGAGAAUCCAAGGAUUUGAUUCCCAUGCAAGGGGCAACAGCAAGGGUUACAUGCAUGUUAAAGGACAAAUAUGGAGAUGAAAAGGCACCUUUCUCAGUAAAGACACCAGUCACAGAUAAAAAGGGUUACUUCCUUAUCAAUUUAGCCAAUUACACACCUCCAGGCUACACCCUCGGCAGCUGCAGGGUGUUCCUUAAUGAACCCGCCGAUUACUGUGACUGCAAUGUCCCAACUGAUACUAACGAUGGCCUUUCUGGUGCUCAUCCUUCCAAACCUAGACGCCUUUCGGACAAUGCUAUCAUCUACUCUGUUGCACCUUUUGUCUUCAAAUUAUCCUCAAAGUAA